UCGCCAACAAUUCCUCCAUGGCAUCAACGAAGCAACGCGUGUUACCGGAGUCACUAUCGUCGGACUCCGAUGCCGAUUCCGAGAAUAGCGUCACGGAGGCCGACGAGAUCCGCCAUACCGACCUCUCAGACACCAUUUUUAAAUCCUAUCUCCAGACCACCGGUCGUUCUUCGCCUGAUCUCUCCAAGAUCCAAGCUUUCCUUACCUCGUCUCGAUCCGGUGCACUCUCCUGCCUAAUCUGCCUCGAGAGAAUCAAGCUUUCUCAUCCCACAUGGUCAUGCAGCUCUGGCUGUUUCGCCGUCUUCCACCUUCUCUGCAUCCAAAGCUGGGCUCGUCAAGCCUCCGAUCUCGCAGCCGAACGCGCCCUCACUCGUCUAUCUCGUGAACACUUCCCUGUAGCUGCAGCCAAUGCCUUUGAAUCCUCUCUCUGGAAUUGCCCUAAAUGCAGGGUUGAGUACACCAAAUCCCAAAUUCCCAAAACCUAUUUUUGUUUCUGCGGCAAAUUAGAGAAUCCCCCCAGCGAUCCUUGGAUUCUGCCGCAUUCGUGCGGUGAGAUAUGUGGUAGGCCUCUCAAGUACAAUUGCGGCCAUGAAUGCUUAUUGUUGUGCCAUCCGGGUCCUUGCCCUUCGUGUCCGAAACUCGUAAAGAGCCGUUGCUUUUGCGGGGCUGUCGAGGAUGUUCGGCGUUGUGGAUUCAAGAAUUUCUCCUGUAGUGGCGUUUGCUCGAAGUUUCUCGAUUGUGGGAUUCACAGGUGCUCUGAGGUUUGCCAUGAGGGUUCGUGCCCUCCUUGUCGGGCGAGAGGGAUCUAUCGAUGCCGGUGUGAGAAGACGGAGGAGGAGAGGGAGUGCUUUGAGAGAAAUUUUCGGUGUGGGAAUCCUUGUGAGAGGUUGCUGGGGUGUGGGAAGCAUUUCUGUGGUGAGGGAUGUCACUCGGGUCCCUGUGGAGCCUGCCCACUUCAGGGGAAGAGAACAUGUCCCUGUGGGAAGAAGGUUUACGAGGGGAUGGCUUGUGAUGUUGCAGCUCCAACGUGCGGUUCAACCUGCGGUAAGAUGCUGGGCUGUGGUCAUCAUAGAUGUCCUGAGCGGUGUCACCGUGGUCCGUGCCUUGAGACCUGCAGGUCGGUUGUGAUGAAAUCUUGCCGGUGCGGGAGCUUGAAGAAAGAGGUUCCUUGCUAUCAAGAUUUGGCUUGUGAAAGGAAAUGUCAGAGAGUACGAGAUUGUGGUCGCCAUGCUUGCAGGCGUCGCUGCUGUGAUGGGGACUGCCCACCUUGUUCAGAGAUUUGUGGCAGGAAGCUGCGGUGCAAUAACCAUAAAUGCCCUUCUCCAUGCCACAGAGGUGCCUGUGCUCCUUGCCCAAUAAUGGUCACUAUUUCAUGUUUCUGUGGGGAGACACACUUUGAGGUUCCAUGUGGGACUGAAGUGGAACAGAAGCCUCCUAGAUGUCCCAAACCUUGUUCUAUAUCUCCUUUAUGCAGGCAUAGAUCAAAUUGCAAGCCACAUAAAUGCCAUUAUGGAGCUUGCCCUCCAUGCCGGCUGCUGUGUGAGGAAGAAUACCCAUGCGGCCAUAACUGUAAAUUAAGGUGCCAUGGUCCUAAACCUGCUCCCAACCCAGAAUUCACAUUGAAACCGAAGAAAAAGAAGUCAAAUCAGUCGACUGGAAGUUCCCCUGGGUCACCAUGUCCACCUUGUCCAGAACUCGUUUGGAGGCCCUGCCUUGGCCAACACAUUGGAGCAGAGAAGAUGAUGGUCUGCUCGAAUAGAACAACAUUUGCCUGUCAAAACUUGUGUGGGAACCUUCUUCGCUGUGGCAAUCAUUAUUGCACUAAGACUUGCCAUGCUCUGAAGGGCCAGCCAAUAUUGGGUCUGCAUGAAAGGAGCGAGUCCUGUGAGGAGUGUGAUCUUCCUUGCCAAAAGGAAAGGAAGCCUGCAUGCCCGCAUCCUUGCCCGCUACCAUGUCAUGUCGGUGAUUGUUUCCCUUGUAAAGCACUUAUUAAACGAUCGUGUCACUGUGGUUCCAUGGUCCAUGUUUUUGAGUGCACAUAUUACAACAGCUUGUCUGAAAAGGAGCAAAUGAAUGUUCGUUCAUGUGGUGGACCCUGCCAUAGGAAGUUACCAAAUUGCACACAUCUUUGCCCGGAGACUUGUCAUCCUGGUCAAUGCCCAUCACCUGAUAAGUGCUGUAAAAAGGUUACUGUUCGUUGUGCGUGUCAAAACCUGAAAAAGGAGUGGCUAUGUCAAGAUGUUCUAGCUGUUUAUCGCAAAAAAGGUCUUGAUCCGAAUGAUAUCCCAAAAAAUCGGUUUGGGCUUGGAGUUCUUCCUUGUAGUUCAGAGUGCACUAGUAAAAUAAAGGUCAUUGAACCAGAGUUACAGAUCCGUAAAACUAAAGUUUCAGAGGUCAAGGAAGUCAGCACUGAAAAUCAUGUGCCAAAACGUCGAAAGAAACGUGAACGGAUGCAAGAAAGCAGGGAAAUUUCAAAGCUGCAGGCAAUUAGAGCAAUUGUGUGGAAAUGCCUUGUUUUUAUCUCCAUUAUUAUUUGCAUAAUAGCAGCCUCAUACUGUGGUUACAAGGGCCUUCUUUGGCUCUCUGAUUGGAUGAAUGAGGUUGAAGAACUAAGACAGAGAAAAAGAUUUCCAAGAAUGUGAGAGCAUCUUCAACAUUGGUAAAGUUUAUUGAAUUUCAAGCAGUGAGUUGUGUUAAAUGCAGAUAGUUGCAUCAUCGUGUCAAUGUUCCAAUCAGAAAAAGUAAAUUUGUUGGAUCUUAUUACCUUACCUCAUGUAAAGUGAAAAUGUUAUCAUUGUUGCAGUGAAAUAGGUCAAUAGAUAUUUUUUUGAAUUA